UGUUGGUUAUCCCCACUUAUCCCUACCAGUAUACGACGGCAUCAUACCUAUAUAUGAACAGAAUUCAGAAAGUCGAAAGAUAUCAUCCAUUGUCAUCUAUUGAUCCAAUAUCAUGUCUUCAAUUAAUGUUUCAGACUCAACCCCAUCAUUUGAAGUUGAUGAAAAUAGUGGCUUUUCUAAACACGUCAAAGCUUUUUCCAAAAAAAUGGAAAAAUUUGAAGCAGAUCAUGAGGAACGUUUAAUGGCACUUCUUUCUUCAGCUGAUUCACUUCGUCAAGUUAAACAGCUAUUAAGUGACGAAGGAGAACUAUCAGAAGGUAUGAAAGAAGUCUUUGAUAAAGCUAUAAAAGAAGAAGAAGAAGAAAAGAAAGCUUCUGAAGUGCCCAUAAAACGUAUCAUAAACAAAAUUCGAAUAAUGAAUAAACGUGAAAGACAACAUGAAUUGGACAAAUUAUUAAAAAAAAAUGAAGCUGAAUUGCAGAGGACCGAACAUUAUUUAUUCAUAACAUUAACACCAUCUCAGAUAAAAGAAAGACAAGCUCAAUUGGAUUUAGAACAAGAUCUUUUGGCAGAAUACUUAUGGAUUCUGAAAGAAAUAAGUCCAAAUACUCACGAAAAUGCAGUAAAACUUCAGUCAGCAGAAAGCUGGCCUGAUUAUCCAGAGUUUGAAGACACCAGUUCGGAAGACCUCUUUCAAAAGCUAUGCGAAGAAUAUCUAAAAAUGAAAAACAGUCAUAUUGAUGCAUGUGGUCAACAACCUAUUUUUUAGCAUAAUAAUAACAUACGAUAAAAAUAUAAAAAAAAAAAAAAAAAAAAAAAACCCUUA